AGGGACGCGAGCGAGCGGCGCAAGGACCCCGGGGUGGCGGGCUCCGCGCGCCCGCCUUGUCCCUGCCCUCGGGCGCUCGGGCUGCGGCCGGCGCCGCCUCCUGGGAAGAUGGCGCUGCACUUCCAGAGUUUGGCCGAAUUGGAGGCAUUAUGUACUCACCUCUACRUAGGGACUGAUCUUACACAAAGAAUAGAGGCUGAGAAAGCACUCUUGGAACUUAUUGACAGCCCAGAAUGUCUCAGCAAGUGUCAACUUUUAUUAGAACAAGGAACAACAUCCUAUGCUCAGCUCCUUGCAGCAACAUGUCUUUCGAAACUUGUCAGCCGAAUCAGUCCUUUACCUGUUGAGCAGAGGAUUGAUAUCAGAAACUACAUUCUGAAUUAUGUGGCAUCACAACCUAAGCUGGCUCCCUUUGUCAUCCAAGCUCUUAUUCAAGUCAUUGCUAAAAUCACUAAGUUGGGGUGGUUUGAGGUUCAGAAAGACCAGUUUGUCUUCAGAGAAAUUAUUGCUGAUGUGAAGAAGUUUCUUCAGGGUACUGUGGAGCACUGCAUAAUAGGAGUAAUAAUCCUCUCUGAAUUGACUCAGGAAAUGAACCUGGUUGAUUAUUCUAGACCUUCAGCAAAACACAGGAAAAUAGCUACUUCAUUUCGUGACACUUCUCUCAAAGACAUAUUAGUGCUAGCGUGUUCUCUUCUAAAAGAGGUAUUGGCCAAACCUUUAAAUCUUCAAGAUCAAUUUCAACAGAAUCUGGUGAUGCAGGUCUUGAAACUGGUCCUCAACUGCCUCAACUUUGACUUCAUUGGCAGUUCAGCAGAUGAGUCUGCAGAUGAUCUUUGCACAGUACAGAUUCCAACAACCUGGAGAACAAUUUUCCUGGAACCAGAAACAUUGGAUCUUUUCUUCAAUUUGUAUCAUUCACUUCCACCACUGCUGUCUCAGUUAGCACUUGCGUGUUUAGUUCAGUUUGCUUCUACAAGAAGGUCCUUAUUUAGCAGUCCUGAACGUGCCAAGUACCUUGGUAAUUUAAUUAAGGGAGUGAAAAGGAUACUUGAAAACCCUCAGGGUUUGUCUGAUCCAGGUAAUUAUCAUGAAUUUUGUCGAUUUUUGGCUCGUUUAAAGACAAAUUAUCAACUGGGAGAGUUAGUUAUGGUCAAGGAGUAUCCUGAAGUUAUCAGAUUGAUUGCUAAUUUUACUAUUACUAGCCUACAGCAUUGGGAGUUCGCUCCAAACAGUGUUCAUUAUUUAUUAACUCUGUGGCAGAGGAUGGUAGCAUCAGUUCCUUUUGUGAAAUCAACUGAGCCCCACUUACUAGACACUUACGCACCUGAAAUCACAAAGGCCUUUAUCACGUCUCGAUUGGACUCUGUUGCCAUAGUUGUGAGAGACCAUUUAGAUGACCCACUGGAUGAUACUGCUACUGUGUUUCAGCAGCUGGAGCAGUUGUGCACUGUCAGCAGAUGUGAAUAUGAAAAGACGUGCUCUCUUCUUGUACAGUUAUUUGACCAGAAUGCACAGAAUUACCAAAAACUUCUUCAUUCAGCUUCUGGGAUAACUGUGGAUAUGGCAAUUCAGGAAGGACGUCUUGCAUGGCUCGUUUAUUUAGUUGGGACAGUUGUAGGAGGAAGAUUAACAUAUACCAGUACAGAUGAGCACGAUGCUAUGGAUGGAGAGUUAUCCUGUAGAGUUUUUCAGCUURUAUCUUUAAUGGAUACUGGAUUGCCUCGAUGUUCUAAUGAGAAAAUAGAGCUUGCAGUUUUAUGGUUCUUGGAUCAAUUUCGUAAAACAUAUGUUGGUGAUCAGCUUCAAAGAACCUCAAAGGUAUAUGCCCGUAUGUCAGAAGUAUUAGGAAUUACAGAUGACAACCAUGUUCUAGAAACAUUCAUGACGAAAAUUGUUACAAACCUUAAAUACUGGGGAAGAUGUGAGCCUGUAAUUUCAAGGACUCUUCAGUUCCUAAAUGACCUUUCUGUUGGCUAUAUCCUUUUAAAAAAACUUGUGAAAAUAGAUGCUGUGAAGUUUAUGCUGAAGAACCACACGAAUGAACACUUCCCCUUUCUUGGCAUCAGUGACAGUUACAGUCUCAGUGACUUCAGGUGCCGAACAACCUUCUACACAGCCCUCACUCGCCUUCUGAUGGUAGAUCUAGGCGAAGAUGAGGACGAAUUUGAGAAUUUCAUGCUGCCUCUUACAGUCUCUUUUGAAACAGUAUUACAGAUAUUCAACAACAACUUCAAACAAGAAGAUGUAAAGCGUAUGUUGAUCGGGCUGGCAAGAGAUCUUCGAGGGAUUGCCUUUGCACUGAACACAAAGACCAGCUACACCAUGCUGUUUGACUGGAUGUACCCUACGUAUCUCCCAGUUCUGCAGAGGGCUGUUGAGCAGUGGUACGCGGAGCCAGCGUGCACAACUCCCAUCUUGAAGCUUAUCGCAGAACUGAUGCAGAACAGGUCCCAGCGUUUGAAUUUUGAUGUAUCAUCUCCUAAUGGAAUUCUUCUCUUCAGAGAAGCUAGUAAAAUGAUUUGCACUUAUGGUAAUCAGAUCCUGUCUCUUGGGAGCCUCUCAAAAGAUCAGAUUUAUCCAAUGAAACUCAAGGGCAUCUCCAUCUGCUAUUCAGCUCUCAAAUCUGCCUUAUGUGGAAAUUAUGUCAGCUUUGGCGUCUUCAAGUUGUAUGGGGACAACCAUUUUGACAAUGUACUCCAGGCCUUUGUCAAAAUGCUGCUGUCGGUGUCCCACAGCGACUUGCUACAAUAUCGGAAACUGAGCCAGUCGUAUUAUCCACUCCUGGAAUGUCUCACCCAGGACCACAUGAGCUUCAUCACCAACUUAGAGCCUCCUGUGCUCCUGUAUGUCCUCACUUCUAUCUCAGAAGGACUCACUACUCUUGAUACGGUCGUCUGCUCCAGCUGCUGUGCCAGUCUAGACUACAUCGUCACCUACCUCUUCAAGCACAUAGCGAAAGAGGGCAAGAAGCCACUUCGCUGCAGAGAGGCUGCCCAGGCUGGUCAGAGACUGUUACAUUUUAUGCAGCAAAACCCAGAUGUCCUGCAGCAGAUGAUGUCUGUCCUCAUGAACACCAUUGUCUUUGAAGACUGUCGGAACCAGUGGUCGGUAUCCAGGCCUCUCCUGGGGCUUAUCCUGCUCAAUGAGAAGCAUUUCAGUGAACUUCGAGCAAGUCUGAUAAACAGCCAGCCUCUCCCCAAGCAGGAAGUCCUUGCCCAGUGCUUCAGGAACUUGAUGGAAGGAGUGGAGCAGAACCUGUCCAUCAAGAACAGAGACAGGUUCACCCAGAACCUCUCUGUCUUCAGAAGAGAUGUGGCAGAGGCCCUGCGCUGCGAUGGCCACACAGAACCAUGCAGCCUGGACAUGAUGAGCUGACCCAAGUCCUGCCGGAUGCCAAGCAGUCUACCAGGACAGCAGCGCUGGCUGGCCCAGGGGGAUCUGGUUUUCAAAACAAAUGACAGACUCCCUACCUUUUUAUAAGUCUCGCCUAAUUACACAAAUUUAUAACAGUACACACACAGUGUAAAUUCGGUCUUUGCUCUGACAAAGCAAAACAUGUUCAGUCUUUCUGCCGAGAGCGUUCUCCGCCCUCACAGUGCUCUGAAAGGGCAUAGAGCGAUAUUUAACCAAAGAGCCUAAUAACCCAGGUUUGCCUAGCCUUGCACUCAGCGGUGGUUCUACAGUCAAGGCCGUCAGCGUGUUGGUGAUGCAGACUUCAGUGCCGAUCCUACAUUGAGACAAAUGCCACUUGAACCAGUGAAAUUAGUAUUUGCUUUGUGUCUACAAGAAGCCGCUUUGGGGACUCUGGGCUGUGGGCAUUUGGAAGGAGCCUUCCCCCGGGAGCUGCAGGCUCUGCCCCCCCCGCAGCCUCCAAUAGAGCUGAGAGACACUAACACAAUUAAACGACUCACAAACAACGCCUGCUGUCACUGGCACGCAUCUGAGUGGUUGAGUCUAGAGUUAAGCUGUGCGACUGCAGGCUGCAGGGGGCUCUUCAGGAGGAGUCUAGUAGGCCUGGGAAGAAGUUCCAGUCCAGCAGCACCUGGCCUUCUGGCUCCGUUUAGUUUUUAAGAGAAGCUCAAGGAACUCAAAUAUAAUAUUUGGAGCAGCUCUACUUUCUUGGGCUGCCCAAAACAGUUCUAGGUGCUACAGUUGAGGUUUUGCAGGGCACACCUGUUCCCAUCCCUUCACACAGACCCGCACUGCUGGGGGACUKCGACUCAGUCCAGCCCAGAGGUGCAGAGGGCCUGUUCAGCCUGCCGCUGCGCAACCAGGCUAUUAAUUUGAGCUCGCCACUGUCAGAUGGUGUUUGUGUCUCACUGCUCUGUCCGUGGUUCAGGCUUAUAAUAAAUACGGUGCCCUUUGUUUCUGAUAAGACAUGAAAGGUCGGCCUUACUGUUGAGCAAGCAGUCAUCCACAGGCUCCUGUUGUAAUCUCAUUUCUCAGACUAGUGUGUCUCAACCCUUCUUGGUAGUUGAGCUUUGCAACAGGCCUGUCAUAUGAAAGCGGAGUCGUCCACGUUUAGCUCAAAGUGUUCGUCUUCCCUGUGGAGGAAGUCGGAAAACUGUUACUGGUGGGAUUCCUUCCAGUGUUUGAUGGAUAAGGAAGCCCGGGCCUUACUCUGUUUUCCUUGAGAAGGCGAAUUCUGGACUCUCUAAACCUCAGCGGUCAAGAGAAGUUGACAAGGAUUCCUGUUUCUUUGAGGCUUGUAACUGCACUAGUCCCACAAAGAUGCAUCCUAGAAGCCUCAUCCCAUUCAGCACUGU